AUAUACCAUUUUCGUAGUCGUUUUUGAAUUCGCUUGUGCUUAUCUUAAAUACUACUAAUGGAGGUUAAAAAUUCAAACUCAGACGAAAUGACUGUCGAUGUAGAAGGAAGUAAAAAUGCGGUCGAACAUAAAAAGCCAAUGAAUGCACAAGUAUGGAAGUUGUUAUGUUUAGCUGGAGUACUCAUUUAUGGCACAUAUUCUAUAUUAGUACAUUUAGAAGAGAAAAAUGGAAAACUGGCAUUCUCAUCAGCGUCACUAGUACUUGUAGCUGAAUUUUGCAAAUUAGUAAUGUCGUUAGGUAUGCUCUAUGCCCAACUAAGAAAAGCCGAAACGAAAUUUGAAUGGCCCGGCCUAAAAGUGUCCCUUCCUUUUGCAAUUCCAGCAAUACUCUAUGCCUUUAAUAAUAAUAUAUCAGUGUUAAUGCAAGUUGAAAUGGAUCCUGCAACCUAUCAAGUCUUAGGAAAUAUGAAAAUAUUGUCAACAGCUUUCCUCUAUCGACUAAUUAUUAAAAAGCCUAUAGCGCCACUCCAAUGGGUAGCUUUGGUUAUGCUUAUGAUGGCUGGAGCAUCCAAUAGCUAUGGGGGAAUUCAUCAAAAAAUUCAAGAUAAAAGUAUAGCUUCGGCGAACUACGUUCACAUUACAGGAAAAGGGCUCAUUAUGAUAAGUUUAUAUUGUUUUGUAUCUGGUUUAUCAGGUGUUUAUACAGAACUGAUAUUAAAAAAUCGUUAUGAAAUGUCGAUACAUCUGCAAAAUUCACUUCUAUAUGUCUAUGGUAUUAUUAUAAACGGCGGUUCUUUUAUUGUAGGAGCAAUGAACUCAACCGAAAAGAAUGCCUGGAAUCUUUUUCAUGGAUACACCUUUAUAACUUUUUUACUUGUCUUGAACUUGAGUUCAGUUGGAUUAAUUAUGGCAGCUAUUAUGAAGCAUGGAAACAACAUAACAAGAAUGUUUAUUGUCUCAACUGCAAUGGUUAUCACGACAGCCUUAUCAAUGGUGGUUUUCGGAUUGGUUUUAAACAUUUACUUUUGUAUUUCUUUCAUAUUGGUUGUUGGCGCUUUAUAUCUUUAUCAUAAGACCUGA